GUAUGAAGGAGAUGGUGGGAGGCUGCUGUGUGUGUUCCGACGAGCGCGGCUGGGCGGAGAACCCGCUCGUCUACUGCGACGGCCACGGCUGCAAUGUGGCCGUGCCCCAAGCCUGUUAUGGAAUUGUCCAGGUUCCCACCGGCCCCUGGUUCUGCCGGAAAUGCGAAUCCCAGGAAAGAGCAGCCAGGGUGAGGUGCGAGCUGUGUCCCCACAAGGACGGAGCCCUGAAACGCACGGACAACGGCGGCUGGGCCCACGUGGUGUGUGCCCUGUACAUCCCCGAGGUGCAGUUUGCCAACGUGCUCACCAUGGAGCCCAUCGUGCUCCAGUACGUCCCCCACGACCGCUUCAACAAGACCUGCUACAUCUGCGAGGAGCAGGGCCGGGAGAGCAAAGCGGCCUCCGGGGCCUGCAUGGCCUGCAACCGCCACGGCUGCCGCCAGGCCUUCCACGUCACCUGCGCGCAGAUGGCCGGGCUGCUGUGCGAGGAGGAGGUGCUGGAAGUGGACAACGUCAAAUACUGCGGCUACUGCAAAUACCACUUCAACAAGAUGAAGACCUCGCGCCAUUCCGGGAGCAGCUCCUUCAUCCCGGGCCGGAGGAGCCGCUCGGCGUCUCCCACCCAGGAAAAGCACCUGUCCCACCACGAGCGGCCAAAAAAGAGCCGCAAGGACAAGGAGAGGCCGAAGCAGAAGCACAAGAAGCGGCCGGAGUCCCCCAGCAGCCUCCCCCCAGCGCCCCCGACCGUGGCUGCCGAGAAGGGCUCCGGUGGCCACCACGAGGCUCCCAAGGAGAGCUCGGAGCUGGCCCGGCCCGAGGCCAAGGGCAGGAAAUGCUCCGGCCACGGCAGCAGCCACAAGGGGAAGAAGACGGGAAGCGGGAAAAGCUCCGGAGGCUUCGGAACGGCCGCGCCCGGAGGAACCUUCCAGGCGGCGGGCUCCUCCUGCGGCCUUCCCGCCUCCCAGGACCUGCUGCCCUUCCCCAAACUGGAGCAGGAGGACGAGAAAUUCCGCAAAGCCUCCGGCUCCGCCUCAUCCUCGCGCUGCUCGCCGCUCUCCGAGGCCGCCAAGGCCGACGCCUUCGAGCAGAAGGUGAUCUUCUCCGGCUUCGGCUCCGUCAUGCGCUUCUCCACCUCGGCCGCGGCCCCGCCGCGAGCCCGCGACGCUUCCCCCGUGGAUUACAAAGGUUCCGGAGGCUCCACGGCCGGAUCCGCGGCCGGCCACAAGCGGAUGCCGCCGCUGGGCGCCGAGGAAGGCGAAGGCCUCAAGGAGAAGAAGCACAAGGGCAGCAAGAAGAACAAGCACGGCCCCGGCAGGCCCAAGGCGGGCAAGGGCAAAGAGGUCCUGGGGGCUCAGCUGGCCGGAUCCCCCUCCACCUCGUCCUCGCCCUUCUCCGGGGGAUCCCUCGUCAGCUCCAGCGUCGGGAAUUCUUCCCGGAGUUUCGGCCACCCCGGGAGUCUGCCCAGCCUCAGCGUGGAGUCGCCGCUGCUGGGCUCAGGGAUCUACACGAGCAACAAGGACCCGAUCCCGCUGGGCGCGGCGCUGCGGGCGGCCUGCAGCACCCCGCUGCCCUCGGCGCUGCUCCCGCUGCAGGGCGGCGCCGGCCUGGCCCAGCUGGGCCGAGCGCCCUUCGCCAGCUCCAUCCCCGCCUCCGCCGCCGGCUCCACCACACAGGUGUUUUCCCUGGCCGGUUCCACCUUCAGCCUCCCUUCCUCGCACAUUUUCGGGAGCCCCCUGACGUCGGGGCUGUCCCUGAACCCCCUCCUGAGCCAGCCGGAGAGCAGCCGGGCAGAGCCGGACCUGGAGGAUUGCGGCUUCGGCUGCCGAGGGACGUCCCCGCAGGAGAGCCUGUCCUCCAUGUCCCCCAUCAGCAGCCUGCCGACCCUGUUCGACCAGACCGUGUCGUGCAGCAGCAGCGGGCAGCUGGACAAUGUCCCGCAGGCCACCCCCAACAUCGAGCAGCUCCUGGAGAAGCAGGGGAACGGCGAGGCCGGCGUCAACAUUGUGGAGAUGCUGAAGGCGCUGCACUCGCUGCAGAAGGAGAACCAGCGGCUGCAGGAGCAGAUCAUGACGCUGACGGCCAAGAAGGAGCGGCUGCAGCUGCUCAAUGUCCAGCUGUCCGUGCCCUUCCCCGUGGUCACCAGCAGCAACGGCGCGGGCAGCCAGGCCCAGUACAUCCUGCCCGCCAACGUGUGCGCCGGUGACUCCCUGAGCAUCAGCAAGAGCCCCCCGUGCAAGAACAGCUUCGGCAUCGAGAACUCGCUCUCCACGUCCUCCGAGGACCCUCACUCGGGCUGUCCCAGCAGGAGCAGCUCCUCCCUGUCCUUCCACAGCACGCCCCCGCCCCUGCCCAUGCUGCAGCCCAGCCCCGCCUCGCUGCCCCUGCCCGGGGCGCAGCAGGUGAACGGCCUGGCCAGGCUGGCAGGCGGGGGGCUGGCCGGAGGCUCCGGGGCCGGCCACAGCCUCUCCGCGGUGCCCAUGGUGGACGGCCUGCUGGGCAGCCUGGCCGGAGCCCAGCAGAUGCCCCUCAACGGGAUCCUGGGGAGCCUGAACGGAGCGCAGCCCGCCCCUCCUCCGAGCGCGCUGAGCCAGGCCAGCGGGCCCCCGGCCCUGCAGCUCUCCACCAGCCUGAGCAGCGUCGCCAGCCUGAGUCCCCUGACGGAGCAGCAGCGGCACGUCCUGCAGCAGCACGAGCAGCAGCUGCAGCAGCUCCAGCAGCUCCUGACUUCCCAGCCGCUUAACCCGGAGCAGCAGGCGCUGGUGUUCCAGAUGAUGCAGCAGAUCCAGCAGAAGCGGGAGCUGCAGCGGCUGCAGAUGUCGGGCUCGUCCCAGCUGUCCCUCCUGGCCGCCACCUCGGCCCCGCUGCACUCCAGCCCCGGCGCGCUGCUGACCUCGGCCGCUCCCAGCGGCGGUUCCCUGCUGGCCUCGCUGUCCCCGCAGCAGCUGAACCCCGGCGGGGCCCUGCUGGCCCCCCAGGCCACCCCCCCGCUGGCCCCGGGCCCGGCCAUCGCCCCCGUGCUGGCCCAGCCCAACCCCUUCCUCAGCCUGCAGCCCGACGGCGGCACCCCCAAGGGAACGCCCCUGGGUGACAAGGGCACUCCCCUGGCGCAGGACAAGGGCUAGGAGCCCCCCCGAGCCCGCGGCCAACUCCUG